GUUUUCGUUCAAAAAGUAGAGGGAUGUUGAAUACCUAACCAGCUGGUUGAAUUUCCAUCUAGCACGAGAACGCCAUUAACGUUAAGAACAUGGCAGGAGAUCCAAACCCAGUUUCCCUCGUUCACUUGACAGAACAAGAAAAACAAGCUUACGAGUUGGAAAUACGCAUGUACGACGGCGACGAUCCUCUUGAUGUUUGGGAUAGAUAUAUCAAAUGGAUUGAACACUCGUAUGGAAAGAGUGACAAGGGGAGUAACCUUUGUGCAGUUCUCGAGAGGGUAGUACAAAAGUUCGUGGAUGACAAAACGUUUUAUGAUGAUCCACGGUAUGUGGAUAUGUGGAUCAAGUUGGCCCAAAAUAGUACCCAGCCCUUGAAUAUGUUCAGCUACAUGCAGACAGAAGGCAUUGGGGUGCAACAGGCAGCCUUGUACAUAGCCUGGUCAGAUGCACUGGAAAAGCAGGGGGACCAACAGCAGGCAGACAUCAUCUUCUUGGAGGGCCUGAAGUGUGGAGCCAGACCGCUGGAUGAACUACAGAGACACUACCGAGCUUUCCAGAGUCGUCUGUCGGACCAGGUCGUCGGGCAUGGGGCAGAUGUGACCCAGGAGAGGCUGGACUUUGAGCCUCAGCUGCCAUCUUCAGUGGGCCGGAGGACCCGACGGAACCGCAGGGUGCUUGCGUCCGUGAAUGGAGAGGAAGGAUCCGUAGCUGGAAAUUCGAGCACAAUAGUUUACCAGCCGCCCACUUCAGGCUUUGAACAAAGCUUGUCUGUCUUUGACGAGAGCCAAGCCAGGUCUGUCGAGCACGCUGUGGUUGAGGCUGAAGAGAACCAGUUUGUGUCACAAAGAACAGACAAGAGGGUGUGCGCUUCUGGCAAUUUGAACCCUUUGAGUGAGCCAGAAAGUAUCCAUACUCAGAACCUGGUGGAACCCCCUCAAGUCUCACAUGAUCCUAGUGCCCCAUUGGCCGCAGAGCAGGUCCCGUUGGCCAAUCAGAGCGGGGAUCAGCCAGGGGUCCAGGUCAUGUACUGCAAGGAGCAGCUGAUGAGGGGACCGACAGAAUUCUGCUUUGAGGAACUCAGGGCUGAGCGCUACUUCAUAAGCAUGCGCCAAAAGCUACAAGAGAAGCAGAUGCACUUGAGCAAAGAGAAGGAGAGACUAAGGCAGCAGAUCGAGCAGAAGAUGCAGGGCAAGUCCACUCCAUCUCAGGAAAAUUGUCAAGACAAAUACAAACCGUUUGAGGUUUACAAUGAAUCGCCAAAUCCUUCCACAGAGGGUAGACCUCCUAGUGGAAAUACUGAAACUGAUAGAGAUGAGGUGUUCCUACCGGCAGAACGAACCGGUGAUGAGAAGUCUCCGAGUGCGCCGUCCGCUGCAGUCGUCCGGCCCAAACCCUUCGCCGUGUUCAAUGAGAACGCUGCAAGAGGCCUGCCUCACGAAACCUUAAGUGCUCCAUCCAAGCACAAUUCUCUGAAGCUGCCCGUGCCCAUCCUGAGGACCCGAGGCUCCCCAUCGUACCCGCCCACAGAGAAGGACUGCACAGACAGGUCCCUGUCGCAGGCCGAGGAGGCGAUCAUCAACAGCCACCGCAACAAAACCCUGAGCAUCAGCCCCGACGACACUUGCGACUUCGCCCGCGCCGCCAUGCUGGCGUCCACUCCCUUCGGCGGGGUCCGAGGUCAGAGCGGCGGUGUGACGGGCGACGGGGCCGCGACCGAGGUGCCGCACGGGACCCCUGCAGAGUCCUGCCCUGACACCACGCCGCAAACACCAGCUGAGCCCACGCAAGCCAACAAACUCAGCCCUAUCCUGGAGGUGAGUCAAGAGUGGCGUUCAGUGUCGGUCGUGGCUCGUCACACUCAUCAUUCUGCUGGCUCAGCCUCCGUCGUCUUGCCGCCUGUCCCAGACGAGGGAGAGGAGGACAUGGACCAGGAGAUGAUGGCUCCCUCUGGUGAAGACCAACCUUCUGAUCCAUUCAGUUUGGAAGUGAGAAGACAACUGCUGCACAAGAUAGGCUUCCACACACUCCCUGACCUACACCCAGAGCCUGGUCCCCUCCCUAGCUCUAUCCUAGGCCUGCGUCUGGGUGAUGAAGUGCUGUCUUAUCUGAUGAAGAUGCCUGACCUCGAGAGCCACUACGUCCUUCCGCCAGAGAAAGACUUUGUUGUGCUUAAGGUGGACCGAAGCCCGGUGCCUUGGGAUUUCUACAUCUGCUCUCAGCUUAAGGCCCGUCUCCCAGCGGACACCGAGGAGCAUUUCCUGAACCGGAGCAGCUGUUUCCUGUUUGAGGAUGGCUGUGUCACAAUCUGGAGGGUCCCCAGAGACACCACAUUGGCUGAGUGGACGGCUGACAGAGAUAACAAGCAGUUGGUAGCCUACCUGGCCCUUCGACUGGUGGAGAUGGUCAUACGCAUGCACACCUGUCACCUGGUGCACGGAGCCCUCAGUCCACACUCGCUCAUCUACUAUCCCAGCCCCACCCCAUCCGAUUUUGACCAUGCUGUCGUCAUGGCGAUAGAUUUCUCCAGCUCAUUGGAUCUGCAGCUCCAGAUGGACACACAGACAGUUGGUUCCCUUGGCAACGCUGCUGAGUACAUCAGUAAAGGGCUUCUGUCCCCCACCUCCUCCCCCUACCAGCUGGACCUGCUGGGUGUAGCGGAGACCGUUCACCAGAUGCUGUUUAAGAGGCCCCUGGAUGUGGUCAAGACAGAGGCAGGGUGGAGCCUGGCAGAGUUGGCUGAGACCAGUGGAGAGUCACUCCAUUCUGUCUGGCACAAGUUCUUCCAGAAGAUUCUGAACUGUAGUGAGAAGAGCACAAUGACCGUAUUGACCGAGCUACGGGAGGACUUGACAGACUACAAAGAAAAUGUUGUUAUUACUCUUGUAAUAUGACUAGAUCAGUUUUGACUUGUUAUUAAAAAAUGCUAUUGUAAGACAUAUCUGGAGAUAUGUUUGUCUUGUUAAAUUAAAAGUAUUUUUUUCUAAU